GAGGGACGACAUAGCAUGCAUAUCCGCCACCUCCCUCUUGUUCCUUGUCCCAUUCGUCCCUCACUCGCUGAAACCUAGCCGUGCGCCUUCCAUAUAUAAGAAAGCUUCUCACCCGGUACUUGCAUGGAUAUCCCCUCUCAUCCUCAACCGACCGGCAGCCAAAAAAAGAGACGGUGAAAAAGAUAUAUAAGAGCAAGUGAGUGGGCGAGAAAUUGGCAUAUGGCUCCAAAUCCAAGCCCAGCCUUUGCCUACACCGUCGUCUACGUCAAAGACGUCGCCAAAUCGGUGGCCUUCUACUCCAACGCCUUCGGCUACAGCGUCCGUCGCCUCGACGAGUCCCACAAAUGGGGCGAGUUGGAUAGCGGGCAGACGACGAUCGCCUUCACGCCGGUGCACCAGAGGGAGACCGAUGGCUUGACGGGAGAGGUCCAGACUCCGGCCGGGGGAUGGGAGAGGGGCCCCGUGGAAGUGUCCUUCGCUUAUGCCGACGUAGAUGCGGCCUACAGGAGGGCUGUGGAGAACGGAGCCAUUCCGGUGAACCCGCCCGAAGACAAAGUUUGGGGGCAGAAGGUCGGCUACGUUCGGGACAUCGACGGCAUCGUCGUGCGCCUGGGAAGCUUUGUGGUGGAGCCGCGUCCAUAAAUAACAUCUCUCAUUGAGCCCACCACCGCUUUAUAUUCCCUAAUAAUUACGUCAUGCAAAUAGAAUGUUAUGGAUUACCCAAAAAAAAAAAAAAAAGAAAUGUUAUGACCUUUGAGGUCACAACUAAUGGAGACUAACUGGCGUUCCAUUCACUAGUAAUUUGUGAGGAUAUUAAAUAAGCUUUGAGUACUAA